UUUUGUUAUUGUUGUGAGAGGUUCGUGGCUCAGCUCAUCUCGGCGAAUGUGUCGGUGUAAAUUACACUUGUCAUCAAUCUCAUACAUGUUUUCUUCUAUAUGACCGAGUAUCGUUUUUCAAGAGGAUAUCCUUUUCAUUAUCUAAGCUAAAUCCGGUGCAUCACUAUUCUGUUGCGAUGGAGAAGACAUGGGGGGUGGAGUUUCGAAAUGUUGGAAGUUGCUACUUUCCUCAGAGCAGAGUGGACUGCCACUACACCAUCAACCCACAGCACACAUGGGCCAGUAAUGACUGGAUUGGACUGUUUAAGGUUGGCUGGAUAUCAGUCAAGGACUACCAUACGUUUGUGUGGGCAGUAGCUCCAUCCAUCUACAAAGAGGGGACCUCUGUCAACUGCUGUGUUAAUUUCCAAGCUUCGUACCUACCAGGGCCUAGUGCUCAACAGUACCAGUUUGUGUAUGUGGAUGGAAGAGAAGAGGUUUGUUCUCGCAGCACUGCCUUCACCUUCUCAGCCCCAAAGCCCCUAGAGGAGCUGGUGACUCUGGAAGAGGAGGGUCAGGGGGAGGAAGUGGGCGAGGACAUGUUGCUGGUCAUUCCUAGAGCCCAGCUGCUGCAGAGACGUCUGCAGGAGUGUUUGAAGGAGCGUGCCGAGUUGCUCCAGGCUCUGGAAGCAGCAGACCAGAAUGUGGAGAGGGAGAAAGGCAGGAGAGAAAGAGACACAAGCUCCUGGGAGCAGAGCCGCAAGGAGCUGGACAGGAAGAUCAGCGAGCUGAAGGAGGAAGUGAGAGACUAUAGGGAGAAAGUAGAAGAGAUGAAGAAGCAGCAGAAGGAAGUUGAGGAUUUAGGUGAAGCCCUGACAGAGGAGAAGAGAGCCCUGCUGGCUCAAAAAGAAGCUAAUGAGCAGCGAAUCAGAGAGCUAGAGGAGGACAUUAAAGUACUGACCCAGAGAGGCCUGGAGAGAGAGACUGACCUAGAAAGUUAUGUUCAGCUAAGCGAGACUCGUCGUGAGCUGCAGGAGCUGAAGGCCAGUCUCAGGGUGGCUCAGAAAGAAAAGGAGCACCUGCAGACAGAAAUACAGGAAGUGAUGGAGUACAGCCGUCAGCUGGAGAGAAGGCUGGAGGUGCUGAGUGAUUCUAAAUGGAGUGAGACGGUGCUGCUGCAGAGCAGUCAUGCAGAAAGCCCACUGCUUUCUGAUUCUGAGGAUGAGAACCCAGAGGCUUUGCAGGACGCCCAAUCUUCUGGUCCUCUGAACCACUAUAGUCUGUGUGAGCAGCCCCAGGCUGACCUGCUGCUCCCGGCCACCCCUCCACCUUCUCCUAGACACCCCUCGGGCAUGGACAUGGUGGUCAUCAGCCAACCUGCACCCCUCUCAUCUCCACAUCAGCCCAGUGCUCACACACAUGCUCACAGCUCUGAGUCGGAGGAAGAGUACGAGGCCGCUCUGUCAAGAGGGCACAGCUCUGGAGAGGAGACAGCUCUUCUCCUCCCUGACAACAGAGACACUACCCUCAGAGAUCUGACAGAGAGUCCCUUGUGGUGAGAAGCAGGAACCGAGGGCCAGUGCUGCGUGGACUGCUUUGCACCAGUGGAACACGUUAUGAAUUUUUUAUUUAGAAGCAUUUGCGCUUUAUAUUAUAUUGACAUGAGUAUUUAAAUAUGCAAUUUGCUUUACACUUUGUAUGCACUUAGAAUAUACAUAAGCUAUUAGACCUCUUUAUGCCGCACACGGUUUUACAGUAACUUGCACGGACGUGUUAUUUUACACAUAUCAACUGACAAGCAGAAGAUGUCUUUAAUGAGCAGAUUGACAGAAAGGUUGUAUUUGAGGCAGAGGAAGUAAAGCUCGUUUCUGUGUGUGUGUGUGUGUGUUAGGGUUGUUUUUUCACUCUUGAUUUUCUUGUGUUCUGUCAUUAGACUUGUACUGAUAUAAAUGAUUAUCAUUAAUCUACAUCAGCAAUAAUGUAAAGCACAAAUGUCAUACAGAUUUUUUCAGGUUUUAAAUCUAAGAUUUAGUUUGGGUGCACUUGAUUUUGUGGGUCUUGUGAUACAAGUAUUUUUUACUUUUUUUUGUUUGAAGAAAAAUUGUGUGAAAGUUCACACAUUACCGUAAAUGAUUGAUUAUGUGUAAUGGGAUACAUCAGCGACUGAUCAAUCAUCCUUUUAGAUGUAAGAGUAAAGAGUGGC